AGAAACGACGAGCCGCACGACAGAACGUUACCAGCGCUAGUGCCAUAUGUGUUGCUGAGUCGCCAGUGCCUUUCGUUAAGAAAUAAGGUGUGUACGGUAUCUAACCGGAUCCUUCAUUGCGGUUCUCCUUCAGUGCAACGAUUGUGAGAAAGCGAGGCAUUUUUCUCUAUACACUUAUCUCGCGAAUCAAAAAUCGAGAGAGAUUUAAAGAAGAACGCGAGCGAAAAUGGCCACGCAAAUCAAUCACUUCGUACUGAUUGUUACACUGUUGAUCAGUGUCAUUGACGGAGCAAGCUUCGCAACGAUUGGCGAUUGGGUUAACGAUUUUACGAGCAAUCUCAAUCGUGAUCUCAGUAACAUGCAUCGACAAAUUAAUGAACAGGUGGCACAAAUUAAUGAAGAUGUGACACAUCUCACCGAAAAUAUUCAAAAAAAUGUUGAGCAAACAAUUCAGAAUCUACCGAGAGAUGCACAAGGAAACAUAAUAAGCGUUAAUGACAGCAGUAUUAUAACCACGAGUACUGAUGGCACGAAAAUUGUUACCUAUAUUGAUGGUAUAUCAAGAAUAGUCACGAGUGGUCGCACACCAAAUGGAGAACCAUAUGUACGUGACGUCGUAGAGAAACGCAUAGGAGAUAUGCUUUAUCACAAUGAAACUAUUUUGAAUCCAAAAACUGGUGCCACCGAAACGAUUGCCUGGAAAUUGAACCUCGCAGUUCCAGGUGCCAAGCCGGAAAUUAUUACGGAUACAAAGAAAGAUGAAAAAUAAAG